GAAGUCCCCGCCCCGCCCCUCCUUUCCUACUUCCAGCUGAGCCGAGCGGACGCGUAAUUUCCCGCUGAGCCGAGCGGACGCGUACAAAAGAGGCAGCGUUUUCUGUCAGCCUGAGCAGGGACCCAGCUCCGAAAAACCCCAAACCCCAUGGACUCCUGUUAGUGGGUUAACAAUUGUCGCUUCUUGGGGGAUAUUUUGGUGAAAGAAAAGGAGGCUAAACAGGACCCGCGUGGCGCGCCAGGAUGCUGCGGCUCAGUCAGAUUUCCACUUUGACAGCAGCGGCAGUUGUUGGCGGAGCCAGACAGAACAGAGGGCAGAGAAGAAGUCAUUGUCCCGCACGUCCGCCUGAACUCUGACCAAUGUGCUUCGCUCUGUGCUGCUGACAUGUGUGUUGUCCUUCAACGUGGAUCAGAAGAAUGCUAUGUCCUUCAGCGGUCCUCUGGAUGACAUGUUUGGCUACACUGUCCAGCAGUUUGAGAACAGCGAGGGGAAAUGGGUUCUGAUUGGAUCGCCGCAUUCAGGCCAGCCUGCUAAAAGGACAGGAGAUGUUUACAAAUGUCCUGUUGGACGGGGGGACAAUACCUGCAUCAAACUGGAGCUGCCAAAAAACACAACUGUUCCCAACUUGCAUGAAGUAAAGGAAAACAUGACCAUGGGAACCACCCUGGUGACCAAUCCCACUGGAGGAUUUAUGGCGUGUGGUCCUCAGUAUGGCUACAUGUGCGGCCAGCAGCAGUACAUCUCAGGAGUUUGUGCAAACGUCAGCCCGUCAUUCCAGAUCCUCAACUCCAUAGCUCCCGGAGUGCAAAAUUGUACAAGCAAUCUGGACAUUGUCUUUGUGCUAGAUGGAUCAAACAGUAUCUACCCAUGGGGAAGAAUUGUUGACUUUCUUGUCCGUUUCCUGGAAAGAGUCCAGGUUGGACCUAAACUGUCUCAGGUGGGCAUAGUGUCCUAUGGCCAGGAUGUGAAACACCAUGUCAACCUCAGCCAGUUUAACAACAACAAAGAUCUGCUUAAGUUUGUCAGACGCAUUCCUCAGCACACCGGGACAAAAACUCACACUUUCUUGGCCAUUGACACUGCCAGGAAGGAGGCCUUCACGCAAGAGAGAGGUGCAAGAACCGAUGCAAAAAAAGUCAUGGUGAUUUUGACCGAUGGAGAGUCACAUGACAACCACAUGCAAAACAAAGUCAUUGGUGACUGUGACCAGGAUCACAUCGAGAGGUUUGGCAUUGCUGUUUUGGGAUACUACAAACGUGAAAAUAAAAGUGAAGAAGACGUGCAGAAGUUUAUUGAUGAGAUUAAGUCAAUAUCCAGUAAACCCAUACAGGAUCACUUCUUCAAUGUGUCUGACGAGCUCUUCUUGGUGAAUUUAGCGGAUACUCUGGGAAGAAAGAUUUUUGCCCUGGAAGCAACAUCUGGGAACUUUACCUCUUCCUUUGAGAUGGAGAUGUCCCAGGCUGGAUUCAGUGCCCAUGCUUCUAAAGACGGCUUGUUACUAGGAGCAGUAGGAGCGUAUGACUGGAACGGGACAGUGGUCAUGCAAACUGCUGAAUCUACUAUUACUCCAGAAAAAGAUGAGUUUUACGAUCCGAAGGAUAAUAAAACUGGCAGAGGACUGGCAGAGUACUUAGGGUAUGACGUCCAGUCUGCAUCCACCCCUAAAGGUGUGCUAUACAUCACUGGGGCACCAAGAUACAACCACACGGGUCGUGUAGUUAUCUACCAGCUGACUAAGGAAAGCAGGGUUGAAACUGUGCAGAUACUGCGUGGGGAGCAGAUUGGCUCCUACUUCGGUAGCGUCUUGCAGACUGUUGACGUCAAUAAUGAUUCCUACACAGACCUCCUUUUAGUUGGAGCGCCGAUGUACAUGGGUCCAGAAAGAAAUGAGCAGGGUAAAGUCUACGUCUACAAACUCAAUGAGAAGGGCAAGUUUGUGCACAAGUUUAAUUUGAAGCCGGUGAACCAGUCCUGUUGUUCGGUUAACUCGGACGGCUGCACCAUGAAAAACGAGCCAUGCGGGGCUCGGUUUGGUACAGCCAUAGCUGCAGUGUCGGAUCUCAACCUUGACGGGUUCAACGACGUGGUGAUCGGUGCACCUUUUGAGAAUGACCACAGAGGAGCCGUCUACAUUUACCAUGGGCACAAAAGCAACCCUUACCUGAACUUAGUUCAGCACAUCCCAGCAGGUGGGGAUGGAGAAAAGGUGAAGUUCUUUGGGCAGUCCAUACACGGAAUCAUGGACCUAAAUGGAGACGGCAUCGUUGACGUCACCAUAGGAGGUCUGGGAGGAGCUUCCCUGUUCUGGUCAAGAGAUGUUGCGCAGGUGACUUCCAGCAUGACGUUUGAACCCACUAAAAUCAACCUGCAGCACUCUCAGUACCAGUGUGAACACAGGGGGCAUAAAUCUGUUUGUGUAGACACCACAGUGUGUUUUCAAUAUCAAGUUAAGUCUGAGAAGAGACAUGCAAGCGCCACAGAAAUUCGCUAUAACGUAACUCUGGAUGUUCUGCGUAGCAAAGCCAGAGCUUCAUUUAUUGACCAGGACUUGGACAAAAGUGAUCGUAGGGUGACAAAGACAUUCUUAAUCAGCAACGGACAAAGAAUAUGCAAGACGGAAAGAUUCAUCAUGUCGGCCCAGCUGGACUUCAAAGACCCGUUCAACGUUACAUUAGAAUUUGGACUCACUAAUGAGGACCAAGGCCCUGUCCUGGAUGCAAACCUACCCAGAUCUAUCACUAAGACAAUUCCCUUGGUUGACUGUGGAGAUCAAUUAAAGUGCAUCACUGACCUCUCCCUCACGGCAGUGCCGAGUGAGAAAAGCAUGCUGAUCCCAGUCAAAUCAAAAGAUAAGCUUGACGUGAAAAUUGACAUCAUCAACAAAAAAGACAAUGCCUACAACACCAAGGUUAUUCUCAACUUCACACCAAAUAUUAACUACGUUAAAGUUGAGCCAGAGAAAGAGUGCACUCCGGAUCACAUGAAGGUGGAGUGCGCUGUUGGAUAUCCCUUCCUGGGAAGUAAUGCUAAGGAAAGUUUUAAAGUGAGAUUUGAGACAGACUCAACUCGCAUAAAUGAGAACAUCCACAUCAAUGUGACAACUAUAAGUGACAGUGAAGAGAAUCCGAAUACCCUCCAUGACAACAAUGUGGAAAUCUCCCUCCCAGUGAAAUAUGAAGCCGGAGUCAUAUUCAGUGUGAGUCAUGCAGAAAAGCAUAUAAUAAUUAAAGAUGGUGAACAGUACUCCUUGAAAGACAGUGACUUUGGGAGGAUGAUAGAGGAGGUCAACAUCAGCUACACGGUGGAAAAGGCAGGUAGUACCCUCACUCCACCUCUUGACCUUAAAGUGAUGUACCCUUAUCGGUCUCCUCUAGACAACGUGUUACUGUUCUGGACAAGCAUCGUCUCCAGCACUGGGGUAAAAUGUAAAGAACCCCCGGCCCCUAAACACAACAAACCAAAAAAGGAAACUCUCACUCGCUUCCUACUGGAAUGUGGACAAACACAAUGCGACUCAUUCAGCUGCUUCAUCCCUGAAACCAAUAAGAGUCAGGUCAACGUUACCUUCAAAGUGUGGAAGCCGACGUUCAUUGAGGGUGAGUUCUCUAGUUUAAAGAUGAUGGUGAACGCGACGUUGAUGUUCAAACAGAGUCAUCUGUUUGAACUGGGCAGCAACGCAAAAAAUAGAAAUGUGACGAUCCCGAUUUCAAAGGAAACGGUUGGAGGAAUCCCUAUUUGGAUCAUCAUCAUCAGUAUCUUGAUAGGAUUGUUGAUCUUGGCGCUUAUUAUUUUCAUUUUCUGGAAGCUUGGCUUCUUUAAGAGAAAAACCAGGGACUAUUCAAAGGAAGAGAUGUCUGAUUGAGGUAUUCGGACCACUGAAUUGCAAGCUGCGCUUUAAGAGAACCCAAAGACACCUCAGAGCUGUGGCAUAUGGACUAUCAGGGGAAAAAAAGGAGUCAACAUCACUAUUUUCUACAUUGUCAUGUGUCACAUAGCGACGGAAAAAAUCUCUCAACUGCUUCUCAGUGCUGCUUGGAGCAGCUGGUUGUAAUAUUUGGGCUUCUCUGGUGGGGACCACAGAAGAGCCAAAGACACUGACUGUAAAUCACUGUAAAUGUGACGUAUUUGCUUUCUGAUUUCACUUAUGUUGUUGUUUUUUACCAACCUGUUGAUAAAGUAACAUAAUUUUAUUAUUUUAAUUUUUUUGUUGUCGUGGUUGCUAUAGGUUCAUUCUAAUCUCUGAUGGCUUCACUAAAGCUUUAGUGAAAAAAGUACUCAGGUUUAUCACCAUAAAAAUCCAAAGUUACCUAAUUCACCAAAAAAAAACAAACAAAAAAAACUUGACAUUACAGUGAAAACACCAAAGGAUGAAAAAGAAAAAAUAAGUCUAUAUUAACUUUAUUUUUACAUGAGCUCUGAGUCCCAUUUUCAAACAUGUUUGCUUGAUGAAUUUUAGGAGACACUGUAUUUUUAAGCAUUCCUAUAGCAUUUUGUUGUUUUGUCAGCGUAGUUAAAUAUCAUGGCACAUCUUUUAUUUUUCAGUUAGCUCCAGUAAUUAAGUGUAAUUAUCACCAGGAGAGCCUUCUGUGAGUGUACUGUAAAUAGAAGAAGUAAUGGAUGUAAAGCUGUAAAAUGUACAGAAUUAUUUUGCAUUGUAUUUAAUGUUUUGUGUGACAGGUGAUUUUGCUCAGGUGCUAAAAGAAUGAUAAAAGGUGACCUUUGCUUUGGACACAAUAAAAAAGAAAAAGCUAUCCGGCUUUAGAUUUUAUGCACAUAUGUAAAUAAGGUUAUAUUUUGAUAGAAAAAAAUACAUUUGAUACUAUCAUCUGCUUAAACAUAGAUGGAGGCUAAUGUUUUUAUCAAGCAGUUUAGCUUACUUGAUGGAAAAUUGUAUUUCAAACUUAUUUCUUGUCGUUUUUAUUGCAGAAUAGAUGAUAUUUUCUAAAUUUGGAAGAAAUGUUUGCCUAUGAACCAUUGUUUUUAUUUUCAAAGCCCCUUCUCACCUGCAUGAAACACACUGUGGUUCACUCACUCCAGUGGGGUACAUAAUGCUUUUUCAGUCAGGUUGUUCACCUUUUUUCUACUUUCCCUACCAUAGCUGUAAAGAAUAAUGUUAAGGGCAAGAAAAGAUAGCUUUUGAAUAUUUUUAUAUUAUAUUUUAUAUAGGCUCUCACCCUCCACAAUGGACACAUGAAGCACAGGUAUUAAAGUGUGUAUUACGCAGAAUGUAUGGCCACGUCUGGUUUAUGCAAGAGGGUGGAGCGAAAGGCACAAAGUGAAAGUUGUGAGCUCAUGGCCAGCUUUCUGUACUGCUGUGAAGUCUUCAUUGUAAUGCACUGGUUUGUCAGAGGUUGUGUAUGUCGUCAUUAGCACAAAAAUCGUCUGAAAAAUAUCCACUAAAUAAAGAUUUUUUUUAUUCAACA